UGUGUCAAAUUUCCUCGCUUAAUGUUACUCGGCGUAAAUACAUAAUGUUUGUUUUAUGUUUUGUUUAAAAUUACUAUAAUUAUGAUAUAAUAAUUAAACGUUAAAUUUAGAUUACAAUAUCAUGAAUUAGGAUUAUUUGAAACUUCGUUGAGGUUUUACACAAAUUAUGGAUUCUGGCGGGAGUAAAGACCCUGGGAAACCAGGUUUUAAGAAACUAUCUCAAUCGCCAAUAAACAUGGAUAACACGGCAGCAAAUAAACAAAUAACUGUAACAUCGUCGGCCAAAGGUGUUGAAAAUGCUAAGAAACGACUCCGGGCUUUUUCUAUACAAAAGAAGGCUCCACUUUCACCCGUUAUUGCUCCAAAGCCCAGUGGAUCUGGAAAUACAAUGGUUUUAAUUGGAAAAUUGAGUAGUGUGAAGGUUACACCCAAACCUGAAGAUCAGGACACCAAGCAAAAGCCGCCCAAACCACCAAAACCAGGAACUGUACGGAAAGCAUUACAAGAUUCAUAUACCGAGUUGCAAAGGCGGACCCUCGCAGAUAUAGAAGACAUGAAGAGGAAGAUGGAGCUGGUUGAGCUUGGUAUACCGCUGGGUCUGAUCUGUCCUACGUCCACUAGUGAGAAAGCCAUGCCGACCAAGGCUAUGCCACCCAUUAAGAGUUUUAUUGACCCAGCUAAAGUCGACGAACUUAUUCGUGAAGCUAAAAAAGCAAAAAUGGAGGGAAAACCUUUCAAAUUCGAUUAUCAAAAACUAUUACCGGGCUACGAUAAUCCAUUCCUAAAUAAGAAAAAAGAAGAAGAGAAAGAGAAGGAAAAGAAAGCAUCCGAUAGAAAGAAUGCAGAUAAAAGAAAAUCUGACAAGUACAGCUCUAAGCGAUAUUCUGAAUAUAGGAAAGAAGAUAAAUUCAAAGAUCGUGAAAAAAGUAGAAUGAAAGACAAAGAAAAAAGAGAAAAAGUCUCAGAACACAAACCUACCACGUCCACAUCUAAAGAGUCAAAAAAGACUGCAGAAAAAGAAACUGAUGUCAUUUUAAGUGAUUAUUUAGUCUGCGACAGUUGGUCGCUCGAUAACGACGAUAAGACAAGUAGCUCAAGCCCUAAAUUUGAUGAUAAAUCAGAUUCGCAAAGCUCUUCUUUACCAGAAAUCAAGAAUUAUAGAGAACCGUCCGACAUUGUUAAAGCUAAUCGCGCUAAGAAGGAUGAAUUAAUCAAAAAUUCUAUAAUCGAUAAGCAAUCUAUAAAGCUUCAACCAGUUAUGGAUUCAUUUAAAUAUGAAAUAGAUGAUAAUGAGGAGGAGGUAUUGGACAUAUUCGAUGCCGAUUCUAACAUUGAAAAAUUCGCAAAAGUAAAAACAAAGAAGUUGUCAUUGUAUGAUUCUCCAAUUAAAAAGUGUUUGGAUUUAGAUGACAGUUCCAGAGAUUUAUCUCUCGACGGCAUUAACGACGAUACGUUUUUGGAAUCGGUGAUAAAUGAGAUAAAAGUUGGUGAACUCAGUGAUGACAGUCAAGAUAAAGGGUUGGUGGAGUAUGAUAUAUCGCCAGUUAAAGAUGACGAUACUCCCAAAACAUCGAAGUCUGUGACGCCAGAACUGGAUAGCAAGAAAGAUAGGAAACAGAGUGACUAUUCAGAUGGAUAUCGGUCAAGCGAAAGUGGAUAUAAAACUAGUGAUACAACAGAAAGUGGGUAUAAAUCAGAAACAGAGUUUAGGUUAUCCAUAGAGAAGGAAUUGGAUGAUGCUCUCAAUGCCAGCAAGAUGUCGAAGGCGACGGUGGAUUCGUUGGACACAUGGAGUUUUGUGUUGAAGAUAUGUCAGCCGUUGUUAUUUAGACAUGAUAGGAAUAAGUGUUACAAAGAAACGCGUACAGAUCCAAAACUGUGGUGGACCACUAACCCUCGGGGGUGUUCCUGUGUGAAGGACCGGAGUGUGGUCUACGAGGAGCUCGAGAUGUGCAAGAUGAACCUCGUCGACCGAGUCUAUGGUUGUGAUCAGAUAUCGGACGAGCCGUUCCCCAAGUGCCGCAACUGGUACCCGGCGAGUGGGGCCUGCCUCGUGGAGGGGCGCAGGCUCCAGCCCUCCAGCGAGUGGGAGGGGGAGGACAGCCAGCAGCCCGAGCUGUCGCUCGACAAGGAGUACCAGAGGUUUAUGGAAGCUGUGUGGCCAGAAGUGAUGGAUUCAAAGAAAGAAGUCUCCAGAAGUACAACUCCCGUGCAAGAGAAUAGAAAGAAGAGAAAAGAAGGGUCGGAGGAGAAGAAAGAAGAAGAGAAGAAAGCAAAGAAGAUAAAGUUGAGCAGCGAGGGUUGGAGUCAGGAAUCAGAGGUAGAAGAGGAAGAUAAAAGUAAGAAAAUGAAGAAAGACAAGCCUAGAAAGAGAAAACACUCGACGUCAGUAUCGUCGUCUCCUUCUGACAGCGAAGAGGACUCGAAGAAGAAAAAGAAAUCGCUUAAAAAGAAGGCAUUGAAAAAGGUGAAAUCAAAAUCGGCAAAGCGUCGAAAAAUGGGCAAGAAAUUGUUGAAAAAGUUGAAGGAAAAACAGAAGAAGACUAAGAAGACGAAAGAGAGGGAUGUUUCUGAUGACGACUCAGAAAGUGAUAAAAAGGAAAGAAAAGUCAAGAAAAAGAAACAAGAAAAGGCAAAAAAGAAAGAUAAAAAGAAGAAGAAGGCAAAGGUUAAAUCAAGCAGCUCCGAAUCUUCGUCCAGUGAAACAUCUUCUGAAAGCAGUGACAGUGACAGGAGAAAGAGAUCCAAGAAGAAGAGUCACGACAAGAGUAAAAAGAAGACGAAAAAAUCGGAAACGAAAGAAGAAUUGUUCGACGUUAAUAUAUUAAAUAACAUUAAAACGGAAAAAACGACAGACGAUGAAGGACAAAAAUUGAUGGAGUUCUCGCCGAGAAGACAAAAACCACGCGAAAUUAUUAACGUUAAGGAAUUACAGAAUGACUUUGUUGGAAACAAUAUGAUAAUUAAGAAAGAAGUAGAAGAUAAGAAAGCGCAAGACGAAGUAAAGAGCGUAGAAGAGAUUGAAGAAGUUAAGGAAAAAGAUAGUGAGAUAAAUGUACAGAGUGAGGUAGAAAAAGAGAAGGAAGUUGUGGUAGAAGAAGAGAAAGAGACAAGCAAUGAAGGGGGAAGUGAGCUGAAUUUAAUGGAGGAAGACUCGCAAAAUAGCAGCGUAGAAAAGCCAAAAGAUAUAAAGGAAUCACAAGAAAAAGAAACAGACAAGAGUCCAAACAAAUCAAUAGAAGCGGAUUUGACACCAGAGGAGCCUGUGAAGACGCCUGUUGACGAAACUUCACAAUGUUCUUCGCAAGAAUCUAUAUGUAGUGUUAAGGAAGUGGGUAGGUAUGCGAGCGGCAAGGAGGACAGUCCCCCCGGCGAAAACAACUACGAGAUGUACGAACAGCUUGCGCUCGCGCACCAACACCACGUGGCAUUGAGGCCGCUGUCGCCGGUGGAGGGCGGCGUGUCGCGUAUAGAGACGGUGGUGCGUGCGCGCUGCGGUGAGAUCAAGUGCGACUGGCGCGCCGGCGCCGAGCCCGCGCCCACACCACCCAGCCGCCCCUCCAGAUGGGGUCUGAAGCCGGGCGAAGUGAACAUAGUGCUGACGGGCGGCGAGCCUGUGUACCGCAUACAGAGCCUCGCCAACCGGACUGAUAACACGCCUAUUAGCUACGACGAAGCGUACAUGGACACAUACGGCGCGUCAGACAGACUGCAGUAUGGAGAUUGUUUCUCGACGGGAGCCGAACCGGCGACCUUCAGCGAAGUGACCCCGCAAGAGACUGAGCCGGAGGAGCGGGAGGAGAGGAAGGAGGGACAGAGGAGUACAUUGGAUGACAGGAUAAACCAGGCUUUGAGGGAUACAGUUUUAGGAGACGUGGCGAAAGAAUUGGACACUGCUGAAGCGGAUAAGGAGGAGGAAAAAGGGAUCUUGAAUAGGAGUGUGGGCGUGGCCAAGCGGGUUCGGUUUGCGGACGGAUACGCGCCCGGACAGGACUCGGAUACUGAGCCACCACCAAAGCGUCGCCGCCCCCGUCGCUUCGGCUGCGCGUGGCCGUGCCCCGCGUCGCACCCCGACCACGUGUCGCUGUGGGACGCGCUGCCCCCGCCCCCGCCGCCCCCCGGCUCGCCCCCCAGACCUGCCGAGCCCGCGCUGUCCCUCCCGCUGGCCGGGUUCAUGCCGCCCGAGCCGCCGCCGGGACUCAUCGCACUGCACUGACAAACUAACAGACAGACACACGCACGUGAUUUGUUCAAUUAAAUAUGUCCCAAAAACUGUUUCUUUGCUCUGAUUAGCUGUGAACAAAGAGGUCUAAAAUAUAUAAUUAAGAUGAAAAAGCCUAUAAAUGUAUGAUUUGUAUACUUGCGUUGGUGUAAUGAGAGUCUAUUGUAAAUAAACGUAAUUAUAAGUA